AUGGUGAACAACGGCGGGAGGAACCUGCUGGAGAUCCUCAACGUGAGGGUGGUCGGUGCGGGGGAGAAGUUCCUGGUGCUGUCGCACGGCUUCGGCACGGACCAGUCGGUGUGGCAGAGGGUGGUUCCCUAUUUCACCCGCGACUACCGCGUCGUGCUGUACGACCUCGUCUGCGCCGGCAGCGUCGACCCCGAUCACUUCGACUUCCAGCGGUACACCACGCUGGAUGCCUAUGUUGACGACCUCUUCGAUAUCCUCGACGCCCUUGGGGUCGACCGCUGCGCCUUCGUCGGGCACUCUUUCUCCGCCAUGGUGGGCAUCCUCGCCGCCAUCCGCCGCCCGGAACAAUUCACCAAGCUCGUCUUCCUCGGCGCCUCCCCCAGGUGCGUCCCUCCCCAGAUCCGACCCAAGCCCACUUUUCCCCUUUCUCUUUCCCUUCUAUUCUGAAAGGAGAUUGCUGGAUGGCGCAAGGUUCCUGAACGACACGGACUACCACGGCGGCUUCGAGAGGGAAGAUCUCGAGAAGGUCUUUGCGGCGAUGGAGAUGAACUACGAGGCGUGGGUUAGGGGGUUCGCGCCGCUGGCGGUUGGGGCGGACGUGCCGAUGGCCGUGAGGGAGUUCAGCCGCACGCUGUUCAACAUGCGGCCGGACAUCUCCCUGUUCGUCUCUCGGACGGUGUUCAACAGCGACCUGCGCGGGGUGCUGGGCCUGGUGCGCACCCCCUGCUGCAUCGUCCAGGGGGUGAAGGACGUUUCCGUCCCCGUCUCGGUGGCCGCCUACUUCAAGGCCCACCUCGGCGGCCGCACCACCGUCGAGAUCCUCCCCGCCGAGGGCCACCUCCCCCACCUCUCCGCCCCCGCCGUCCUCGUCCCCAUCCUCCGCCAUGCGCUGUCUCGAUCGUGA